UCUCUCUCUCUCUCUCUCUCUCUCUCUCAACAUCAACUCUUGCGACGAGAUAGCAAACAUGGCUUUGCUCUCUGCACUGGGGACGGAGAUAUUCAUCCCUGCCGGCGCCGUCGUUGGGAUAGUAUUCUCUCUGGUCCAGUGGUUCCUGGUCUCGCGCGUCAAGCUCACGCCGGAGCAGCGCGCAUUGCCCGACGACAGCGACGACAGGAAGAAUGGCUUCAGCGACGGCCUCAUUGAAGAAGAAGAGAGCAUCAACGAGCACAUCGUACUCUCCAGGUGCGCCGAAAUACAGCGCGCCAUCUCGGAAGGUGCGACAUCUUUUCUAUUUACCGAGUAUCAGUAUGUUGGAGUUUUCAUGAUUGCCUUUGCAAUGUUGAUCUUCCUGUUUCUUGGUUCUGUUGAGGGCUUCAGUACUAGGAGCCAGCCUUGCACUUAUGACCCAUCAAGGAUGUGCAAGCCUGCACUUUACACUGCCAUCUUCAGUACAGUAUCGUUCUUGCUUGGUGGUUUCACCUCAAUCCUAUCUGGCUACCUUGGAAUGAAGAUCGCGACUUAUGCUAAUGCAAGGACAACUUUGGAAGCAAGAAAAGGCGUUGGGAAAGCAUUUAUUACCGCAUUCGCGUCUGGUGCAGUAAUGGGCUUUCUACUUGCUUCCAAUGGUCUUUUGGUACUUUUUGUCACCAUCAAUCUCUUCGAGUUGUAUUACGGAGAUGAUUGGGAAGGUCUUUUUGAGGCUAUUACUGGCUAUGGUCUUGGUGGAUCUUCCAUGGCUCUAUUUGGAAGGGUUGGUGGGGGCAUUUACACCAAGGCUGCCGAUGUUGGAGCUGAUCUUGUUGGGAAGGUUGAGAGAAACAUACCUGAAGAUGAUCCAAGAAACCCAGCUGUGGAUGUGUCCAAGGCAAAGAUGAAGGGUAAAGUCGGAGCUAUGCUCUGUGCUGGACAGACCAAACAAAAUUCUGCGAAAAUUGAUGCUGAGACCAAGAUCGUAGCAACCCGAUGGCAAGGAGAGGGGCAGGAGGAGGAGAUAACGGACUACCUUAUGCUCAGAGGGAGCGGAUUCCAAGAGCCGACCAAGUUCGGUGGAGGAGCAGAGAAGGUGCGGCUUGUGCCGAAGCCGGCAUCUGGUGUAAUGGGCAAGCGAUCGACGGUGGGAUGA